GGCGACUAGUAUUAACCUACCACAACACCAAGUCCCCCCCCACCUCCGCAUUGUCUCCGCCGCGAUUUGUCAACGUGACGUCACGCCGCGCCUCCGAGAGGGAGCCAGUGUGGUGGAGGACACGAGGCUGCCGGAGCCGCAGGUGUUGCUCCGGUCAGCAUCGGCAUGGCGGGGCGGAUGGUGCGGAGCUGCGUGCAGACGGCGCUCAAGGCGGCCAACUCCGUCGUGGGGCUCGCCGGCAUGGCCGUCAUCCUCUACGCGCUCUGGAUGCUCCGCGCUUGGUACAGGGAGGUCGCCGACCUCCAACAACACCUCCCGGUCCCCUGGUGCAUCUACACAUUUCUUGGACUGGGGAUCUUUCUGUGCCUACUGACUUGCUCUGGGCAUAUUGCUGCCGAAACUGCAAACGGUCACUGCCUCUCUUGUUACAUGACCAUCGUAUUUGUGCUUAUUAUGCUGGAAGGCGCAAUCACUAUGGAUGUAUUUUUGAAUAGCAACUGGGAAGAGGAUUUCCCCGCUGACCCAUCAGGCAAGUUUGAGGAUUUCAAGCACUUCGUGAGAUCAAAUUUCGAGAUAUGUGAAUGGGUAGGCCUCUCAGUGGUGGCUGCUCAGGUGUUAUCGAUCAUUCUUGGGAUGGUACUCAGGACCCUUGGGCCUGACCGUGAGACCGACUAUGACAGUGAUGAUGACGUGACCGUGCCUGCAAGGCUGCCUCUUUUGAUAAAUCAGUCCCAGCAUGGUUCAUACUAUGCUGAACCUAACACGUCUGGAAGGAGUGAUUCAUGGAAACUGCGGAUUUUAGACAAGGUCAACAACUAAGAUCUUAAGGAUCUCAUACAACAGACCCUCCAGUAAAGACUCUCUCUCCAAGGGGUUCGGGAGAAUGAUAAGAGUAUACCUUUUUCUUCAUCUCAUGGAGAGAUGAUUAGCAGCAGCAGUAGAAUAGUUUACACACAUUUGAAUGCAAUCCAACAUGCACAAGUAUUUGAGUAGCAUGUGACUUGACCCCCCCCCCCCCCCCUCCUACAAAACCUACACAAUGUAGGGGAAGGAUGUUUAUUGUACCAAAAUGUUUCAGAAAAGAGAUAAAGGGCAUGAACGGUGGUGGUGCCUUCACUGACCAAA